UAAAUUAAAAGGUUAACAAAAUUACUUCUCCUGAUUGGCUACAAAAUUUAAUGUCAAUGAUUUUGAAUGUGUUUACAUUUCUCACAGUCAGUUUAUAUGAAUUCCUCACUGCUUCGAUAGAAUCUGUCUUAGUAUUUGUCACAUUAAAAAUCAUAUACAAAAAUAUUAAUUUGGCAAAAAGUGUGAUGACAGACACAGUAGCAGAAUCUGAAGAUGUUGAGGACCUAGAAGACAUUAAGCUACUGCCACCUGUAACGUUGGGAGAUAUGUCUCAGGUUUUACUUUUGACAGAUGAAGACAAAACUAAACGGAUAGAGCAGUUAGAAGGGGAAGUAAUGUCUCUUACUUGUCAACUGACCGAGGCACGGAAUCAGACUAACACUUUGUACACAGAGAUUGACCGUUACAAGAGAGUCAAUGGUCAGGUGGGCUGGAUUGUGGAGCAAUACAGACAUAACAUGUCUACUGCGGACAUUAGGAAAUCCAGGCUGCCACUGCCUCCUCCACUUCCUCCACCAGAAAAAGAAACAGUUUCUCAGGUAACUGGGACCAACGAGUUGGCUGAAAAUGAGUAUUCUGAUGACUGGGAAUCGGCUGAUGAAGCAGAAAAUCAGAUGCUUGGUGAAAAUACGGCUUACAGUAAAGACAUUUCAGAAAAUCAACACUUCCCAAGGCCAAUAAUUGGGCCACAUUUACCGAGAGCUGCAGAUCUGUGCAAAUCUUCAAUGGAAUAUUCACUUUCGAUGGGUGCACGCAGGGUUCCUAGAGACCCGACUCCUAUCCCUUUGCCUUCGCUCAGUGACUAUGAUACCAGAGUGGAUGCUCUUCUAGCAGUAGCCACUCCACAGACCCGCAUCUCUGACAUAUUUCACUACUUGUUCUCAGGGCCGACACCACCUCCCUAAGACAUUAUUAAGUUAGAUGAUUCAAUCCUACCAAUAAACCCUUUAAAACCUUGAA